UGCUCCGCUCGACUCCUAUUUCCUCCCGGCCUUCGCGAUUCGUCUGCUCCGCUCGACUUCCUGCUUUCUCCCUUCUCCACUGCCAUAAGCCGCCCGACGUUUUCGUGUCCGCCUCAAAAAUUAGAAAAAUUUACCAACAUCCUGCACUCUUUCUUCCACCUUGCUUUUUUUUUAUUUUUUUUUUUAAUUUUAAUACUAUAGAGUUCGGCUAGGCCUAUACCUCUUCCACGCAACCUCUUCCACCCAAUCGAUCCUUGAAGACAACCUACUAGGAACUUGCGGUGCUCGACGCCUCCACCAAUCGACCUCGCCGUCUCCAGCAAACUGCAGAACGCCUUGCCAUACACGCCAGUAGAUCUCGCAGACUCAUUUCUUCUACAUCCUCCCAGAAAAAAUCUGCUGAAAUGUCGGCAAGCGCAGCCGCAAUGAUGAUAACAACUGUGUCUCCUGCCAUUGUUCAAAAAUCACAGGAGUCCUUGCCUCUCAGCCUCCUACCAAAAUGCUCCUCCCUCCGAGAAAUCCAACAGCUACACGCCUUCGCCAUCAAGUCCCGCCUUAAUUGGGGCAACUCCUUCCUCUCCAAGCUCAUCAACGCCUUGACCCUCAAUUCGGCGCCUCCGUCCAUGUACCACGCCCACAAGCUGUUCGACCAAAUUUUCCAUAGGGACGUUGUACUAUUCAACACACUUAGCCGGGGUUACUCACGUUCGCAUGAACCGCACCAAGCCAUUGUCCUCUUUUGCCAGAUGCUUGAGGCUUCCAUCGCCCCUGAUGCAUACUCCUUCCCCUCCCUGCUCAAGGCCUGUGCAUCCGCCCACGCCCUCUGUGAGGGGAAGCAGGCGCAUGCGACUGCCAUCAAAUGCGGCUUUGCUUCUAACACCUUCGUGCUCCCCACCCUCAUUAACAUGUACUCCCAAUGCGGCGACAUCAAAGCCGCCCGCACCAUCUUCGACCAUGGGACCGACCUGUGCGUCAUCUCUUACAAUUCCAUGAUCACAGCCUGCGUGCAGAGCAGUCGACCAAGCGAGGCAUUGGCGUUGUUCCGAGAGAUGCAGUCCAGGCGGCUCUGUCCUACCAAUGUCACGAUACUCGGAGUUCUUGCCGCCUGCGCUUUGAUAGGGGCGCUUUAUCUUGGAAAGUGGAUCCAUGAGUAUGUGAAGAAGAACGGCUUCUCAUCCUAUAUUAAGGUGAACACAGCACUCAUCGACAUGUAUGGAAAGUGCGGUAGCUUGGAAGAUGCUAUCGGAGUGUUCAACGAGAUGGAGUUUCGAGAUACCCAGGCAUGGUCGGCCAUGAUAGUGACUUACGCGAUUCAUGGACAGGGUAUUUUGGCACUCAAGCUGUUCGACGAAAUGCUCCAAAAGGGAGUUAGACCGGACAGCAUAACCUUUUUGGGAAUCCUAUACUCUUGCAGCCACUCGGGCAUGGUUAAGCAAGGCCUUGGAUAUUUCCGCAUUAUGUACAGUGAUUACGGAAUCCUUCCGGGAAUCAAGCAUUAUGGUUGCAUCGUUGAUUUGUUGGCUCGAACGGGGAAGCUGGAAGAGGCUUAUGAUUUUAUCAAUGGUUUGUCGAUCGAGCCAACGCUGAUUCUGUGGAGGACUUUGCUGUCAGCCUGUGCAGGGCAUGGGAAUGUUGACCUCGGUAAAAAAGUGUUCGACAGAAUCAUUGAAUUGGAUGAUUCACAUGGCGGUGACUAUGUGAUCUUAUCAAACAUGUGCGCAUUGAAUAGAAUGUGGGAGGAUGUGAACGAGAUUAGGAAGUUGAUGGGUGGGAGAGGGGUGGUGAAGGUGCCAGGAUGCAGCUCCAUUGAGGUUGACAGCAAGGUGCACGAGUUCUUCGCCAGUGAUGGGAAACAUCCAGAUUCUAAGAAGGUCCAUAGGAUGGUGGAUGAAGUUAUGGAGCAACUCAAGGUGGUUGGUUAUGUCCCUGAUACUUGUAAGGUGCAUCAUGUGGAUCUCACGGAGGAAGAAAAGGAAGUGAGCCUUAGAUAUCACAGCGAGAAGCUAGCGAUCGCAUUUGGGCUCUUAAACACGCCGCCAGGAUCAACUAUUCGGGUAGUGAAGAAUCUCAGAAUCUGCAGUGAUUGUCACUCAAUGGCGAAGCUGGUAUCCAUGGUGUUUGGAAGGCAGAUAAUCCUUCGGGAUCUCAAUAGGUUCCAUCAUUUUGCCGUUGGACAAUGCUCUUGUGCUGACUACUGGUAGAAAGAAGCACAAUCUUGACUCUUUCCCCCACCUUGCUUUUUUUUAUUUUUAUUUUAAUACUAUAGAGUUCGGCUAGGCCUAUACCUCUUCCUCCACCCAAUCGAUCCUUGAAAACAAUCUACUAGGAACUUGCGGUGCUCAACGCCUCCACCAAUCGACCUCGCCGUCUCCAGCAAACUACAGAACGCCUUGCCAUACACGCCAGUAGACCUCGCAUGUGUGUAAUUUCUGAGUGUACUUUUUUAAAAAGUUUCAUGUCAAGUUUUUGUAUUUUUAAUGAUUUAUAGGGUUUUUGAUAGUUUCAAUAUUUUUGAAACGGUUUAAAA